CCUUACUCUAUACAAUAUUUAAUAAAUCUGGGUUUGGUUCCUAAUUUGCUACACACAGUUUUUAUUAAAAUACUACAUUGUUCAAGUUUUAUGUUUUUUCAAUGUUAGGAACUCAAUAUUCAGUGCACCCAAAGUUGUAAAUUACCUUAAAUUUAUUUAGGAUUCGUAAUGACGAAUUCACUUACAAGGUAAUUGUCGCCCUUGAAUCAAAAUGGAAAAAUAGCAUUGUUGUUUUCUUGACCAAGGCAAUGACCGAUAUAGCGCUCACUGAACAUAAAAUUUGAUUUAUUUUACUUCAGCUUUAAGAAUUUUACAUUCUUAUUUUACUCGUAUUAAAUAAGGAAAUCCGCAAUGUACGAUGUGCGCAUUUAAAUGAAUAUGUAAAAGUAACAGUAAUCAUCACUAUCGUAAAAAUACUCCUUGUGUUUACGUGCAUAUAAAUGACUAACACUUUUGCCAUUAACUAUUAUUCGUAUUUUUUAGAUAUCGGGGAACUAAGACUAACUAGCCAUGAAUAAAUAUUUAAAAUUGUUCUUUCACAGAAUUGUGAAAGAUCUAAAACAGAAAGAGCUGCUGCCUCUAAAGCUAUUAUUUUUCAUGCAUUCUUCUACAAUUUUGGUUUUAUAUCCUUAUUUACCCAUUCACAUGAGAGAACUCGGCAUUAAUGUUGAAGAGACAGCCAUUAUGUCCUCAGUCAUCCCAGUAAUAGCUAUCUUGAUGCCUCCCUUAGCAGGAAUGAUAGCUGAUAAAAUUGGAAAUUUUAGGGUAAUGUUAGCGUUGUUCUCAGUGUUGGGAGGACUGUCAGCGUUGUUACUACUUUUAGUUCCUGUAGGACGAAUAAAUUUAACACUGCCAGAUGAAGUGAUAUUUGGUGUGUCAUGUGGAUCUAAUAUGAAACCUCAUUUAAUACUAAACCAGGACCACCCCUGUUAUCCAGUUUCGAACACGAGUGACAUAGAAACUCAUUUCAACCUUCAGUCUUGCGGAUUUUCAUGUCCGGCAAUCUUGGAAGAUAAGUACGUGAAAGCUAUAUCUGAAACCAAGGAGUAUGAAGUGCAAAUACUUGACAUCGAAAAGAAUGAUACCUUAUCGUACACUUACAUGUUACCCGAAGAAAACAUGUCAAUGCCUGCGAGUGUGACGACGAGACGGAACCACAUGAAACUGAGCAACGACAUCCACUACUUGACGUCCAUAAGGAAACUUUCAAAGAACAUUUACUACUUCCCCACUAAAAAUUUCUUGAAUUUCUCCUGCGAUGUGGGUAAAAUUGAUUAUUCUGAUUGUAUAAUUGGUAGCCUGGACCAAAUUUUAGGGUUCAGUAGGAGAUCGACGAGCAGAUCUCGAAUGGGAAUCUCGCCUAUACCUAUUGAACACGAAGACAAGCUGGAACAGAGACAGUUAUAUAAAAUGACUUGGAUAGAAUCGAAAGUGUACAAUAAUUUACAAUGUAUAGAUAGCCAAACGUUCUCUAAGAAACACAUAUCAGUAACAAUACCCAUCAACUCAACAGACAACAAAGUUAAACACUUGGACUUGGGAAGUUGCUCAACGAAAUGCAUUGGAACAGUCAAACGAAGUGAAGUGUGUACAAACAGCAAGGAAGUGGUAGAAGUAGACAUGAAAGUGACAUUUUGGUCCUAUCUUUGUAUAAGAGUGUUUGUAGGGAUAGUCAGUGGAACUUCGUUCGCCAUGUUCGAGGGUGCUGUAAUUGCCAUUUUAAGAGAACACAAAGCUGACUAUGGUUUACAAAGAAUAUACGCCACUAUCGGAGGUAUGAUAAGCUCUCCAAUAUCUGGAUUGCUCAUUGAUUUUGCUAGCUCGGGCAAGUCCUACACCGAUUACAGACCAAUAUUCUUCCUCUACGCUGGCUUGAAAGUUAUCAGUGGAGUGUUGAUGCUGUUCAUCAACUUGGAGUUUAAGAAAGCUGCAGAAAGCGUCGUUACGGAUGUUUUGAACGUACUUAAAAAAACUGAAUUAAUCGCCCUGUUUAUCUCGUGUCUGGUGUUAGGCUCUGCGUGGGGUUUCAUUGAAAAUUUCUUGUUUUGGUUCUUGGAAGACUUGGGUGGAUCGAAAUCGUUGAUGGGUCUGACUAUAACUGUUGGUGGUGUUCUUGGAAUUCCUCUUCUGGUACUUUCUGGUCCUAUUGUCAAGAAAUUGGGACAUGCCCACGUUAUAUUUAUAGGAUUUGUGUUCUAUGCUAUAAGACUAAUUGGUUAUUCGGUGAUAAACAAUCCAUGGCUGUGUCUCAUAUUCGAAGCCAUGGAGUCCAUAACCUUCGGUUUAAGUUUCACUGCUGCUGUUACUUACGCUGCUAAGUUAUCCACGGUCACUACUGAUACCAGCAUACAGGGGAUGUUGGGAGGAUUAUACUAUGGUGUUGGCAAAGGAGUUGGAAGCCUUAUUGGAGGCUACCUAAUAAAACCAAUUGGUUUACGUGCGACGUUUCAAGUCUUUGCAGCAGCAACCGCAGUUACCGGUAUUGUAUAUCUAGCAUUUUAUCACUUGUACAUGAAAAACAGGCCGUCACAAGGCACAGACAUAACCAAAAAAGACACAGAAAAGACUCCCAAACAGGAUUUCCAUGAUGUUGAAUUGAAUUCAAAGAAAGUGGAUCACCAGAAGAGCGUUCACCAGGAGGUGGCGACAGGAUACGAGGAUUCUUUGUGUAACCCAGCUUUUGAAAGCAACGAAGAUCAAUUUGAUGAUAAUGACGAAAAUCAAUCACGGGAGACACCUAACAAUAAACAAUAGACGAAGUAUUACAUAUGUUUUCUAGGUGUUAAUUGAUAAGGAAAUUAAAUUGAAACAAUAGCAAGUUUUUAUAAUCUGUUUAUGCUCAGACGAAUUAUAAUAUUCGUUUGUGACUACACAACCAUGUUAGUUAUAAAUUUGUGAUUUGAUUCAACAGGGUAAAACAAAACUCUCUCAUAUUUAUAUAAUGCGUUUCAUUCAAGUAAAAAUAUCUGUGAUAUAAUUAUACAAUAACAAAUAAAUUAUAUUAAUUUUAAAGAUUUUAAUAAUAAAGAUAUUUUAUUUAA